UUUUCGUUAGACCAGAAGAAUAUGCGCAGACUCUAACACGAAAAAAAUGGAAGAUUCGCAAUAGUUGGGAGCAUCUCUCCUUCUCAUAUCUUUUUCUCUUAGCAGGGGAAAGAAAAGUAAAGAGAAGAAAUUUCCAAUUUCAUCUCUACUUUCCAACUGAACUCAACAACUUAGUCUCCUCUCUCUCUCUCUCUCUAUCUAUACAGAUAUAUACACCGUAGGCCUUUUAAUUAUCCCAUCAGAUCAACCCAAUUGGGGACAUCUUUCCAGUGAGUGUUAAGAGUAGAUGAUUCCCUGCUAUUCAAAGAAGGGUCUUCAGAUUCUCUUCGUGAAUGAUAGGCCUACGGAAAAAUUUUAGCAGUGAAGCUUCUGCUUUUCAGAAAUAGAAGUUGAGCUGAAUAUUCACAGUUUCCAUUUGAUGCCAGCAGUCUUGCUGGCAACUGUACUGUUGGACAUUAUGAACCCUCAGAGCACACUGAAUCCUAGUAAAGCCUUGGAAGGUGUGCAUGGGAUCCAUGUUGUGCCUCAUUCGCCAUUUUCUUUGGAAGAGAUUACUCAACAAGGGGACUUCUCUCAAUCAACCUCUGGAAGUUUACUUAAUCAGGAGAAUCAGCGGCUAUUGCUGCAGAGAGUGUGGGAACAAAGACCUGGAUGUUUGAGGCCCAUCAAGUGCUGUAUUAAUGGUGAUAGGAAUCUUGCAGAAAGAAUAGUGAAUGUGCUUACAUCACUUCCUUUUGUUGCUCUCGGACUCCAGGCUCCAAGGACGAACCUGAAUACUAAGUUGUAUGCUAACUCAUUAAUUGGGGUUGGAGUUGCCUCGAGUUUGUAUCAUUCUUCAAGUGGCAAAAUCAGGAAGUACUUGAGAUGGUUUGAUUAUACAAUGAUAGCCACAGCAACAAUAUGUUUGUCUAGAGCCCUUAGAAAUGAGAACCCUAAGUUGCUGAUGGCAGCUUCUGCAGCGCUAUUGCCUAUCCAGCCUUUAAUGGUGUCUGCUGUUCACACAGGAAUGAUGGAGGUGGCAUUUGCAAAGAGAGCAGUAAAAGAUCCAGAUCUAAGAAUGGCACAUAAUCUGCACAAGAUGUCAUCUGUAUUAGGAGGUGUUCUUUUCAUUGCAGAUGAUAUGUUUCCUAGUACUCCUUUCCUUCAUGCUGGUUGGCAUCUCGCCGCGGCUGUCGGUGUUGGCACCUGUAACAAGCUUCUUGUGUAGCAUGCAUAUGUCUCUGAUCUGUUUUGUACAAUUCGAUUUGUCCACAAGCUGCAGCUUCGACUCGAAAGCCAAUACCAUCUAGCCAUAGUCAAGUACAAGAGGAAGGAUUGUUGUUUGGUUUUAGCUUGUUGCAGUUCAAUGUGUUGAACCCAGACUGGGUUUCCUAAUUAAUUCUCUAUUCUUCCCUGCAUUAGGGAAAAAGGAAAAAGGCUAGCAUUAGAACAGCUAUCUUAUCCGAUCCGAAGGAUUAAUGUUCUUCUGUAGGAGAGUUCUAAUAUGUAUAUCAGUAAAUUAACAAUUCAAAAGAAACCAAUCUAUUUUCUUC